CACACGGUUCUCCUGAUAUAAGAUUCGUCUAUCCCUCUUGUUCGUGCCAGCUCGGUGAUUGACGAUAGCCACGACAACACAAGAAUCAAUCCGCUGUCCAUACUUUCCCCUCCUAUCAGCAGCUUCGCAAUAUACCAUCAACAUCCAUCAUGUCUGCCAGCAGGAACCCCGAAUCCCUCACCAACCAGGGCGAGUUCACAUCUCGUGUUCCUCCCACUGAGCCUGUGACCACCAAGGGCGUACGUUUUACCUUUCUCUGAGUCCCGGAAAUACUGUCCAUCACAGCAAUACUCCGCAAGGCCCUCUAGGCGUUUGGAUUUCGCUAACAUAUGGACCAGCACGCCAUCGGCACAAAAGUUGGCAACGAUGCCUACCAAGAAUUCCACGCCGAGACGCACCCUCCCGGCACCGCCCCGAAGGAGAACACCUAUCAGCCCCAGACUCAACACGAGGUGCCGGGACAGGCCUCCAACCCCUAUACCACCACUCGCACAGAGGCGUCCGACACCCUCCCCGGCGCCACCAGCGCCGAUGUGCACAAGGGUCUUGGUCAUCCUGGAUCGGGCCAGACGAGCAACGAGGGCGACAGAAAGCAUCGCUCAGGUCUUGAAGGAGUCGGCGCGAGUGCCGUCGAUCCCAUUCAUUCCAAGCGCGCCGACGUUGCUCACGACCAAACCGCCGGUCGGACAGACAAACAGCCCUAUGCAUCGGAGAGGGUGCCUGAAUCGGCGGAAUCAGUUGGCGGCUGAGCGGUCGUAUCGCGGGGAAUAAAUCUCCCACAGUAUCAUCUUCCAGUUCUUUCACUCUUCGGUAAAACGAGGGAAGACAGAACGGACACGAGUGUAUGAUAGGCCCUGGUAUUAGCAUUACGGCGUCGUCUGGGAAAGGAUGUAUCGGUCGGAAACCAAAUAAAAGAGGUUUACGGUCCCAUGUAUGUGUCCCGGCUUUCGUUGACCAUGCCCGCAGUUAUCAGUGGUGUGAUUUCCUCUGGUGAACCGUCGUGGUUUCUUCCGUUGCGACCGAUCACAUUUUGGCCUCCGUCUGGUCAAUGGUCAUAGUACGGCAUAACAUUCCCUUUUGAAGUCGAAGGUGAUUGCCAACAUCUUCGCGUGGUCGCGCCUCCUUAAAAGGUAGAAUUUUGAGGACGAAUUCUCAGAUGAAAUACGUAAAUGUUCCAGUUAAGCGAGAAUGGGGCG